AACAGAUGCUGCUUAAAAAAGAGCAGCGUAAAAACAUUUGCAGAAGUAAACACCGGGUACAAAGAUGUUUAUCCAAAACCAAAUUUUUAUUGUCUCUGCCAUCCAAAUCUGAGGGAAGUUUUUGGUUUUUUUCAAGACGUUCAUGCACCUGCCAGGACCUAGCUCCCCCCGCAACGACGGAACUCGCGCGAGAGCGAGCGGGGUUUGGUACAGAGAUUGUACACUGUGAUGGAUGCGUAGAGGACCAAUCACAGCGACGUGGAGGCAGGAACAAUGGAGGUUAAAGGUCGAGCGGAAGUUCCCGAAGCUUCUGGUGGCUGGGUUGGCUGCGAGCUAUGGCUAAACACCAUCCAGAUUUGAUCUUUUGCCGCAAGCAGGCUGGCGUUGCCAUUGGAAGACUGUGUGAAAAAUGUGACGGCAAGUGUGUAAUCUGUGACUCCUAUGUGCGUCCCUGCACCCUCGUGCGAAUAUGUGAUGAGUGUAACUAUGGCUCUUACCAGGGGCGCUGUGUGAUCUGUGGAGGCCCAGGAGUCUCUGAUGCCUAUUAUUGUAAGGAGUGUACCAUCCAGGAGAAGGAUAGAGAUGGCUGCCCAAAAAUUGUCAAUUUGGGGAGCUCUAAGACAGACCUCUUCUAUGAACGCAAAAAAUACGGCUUCAAGAAAAGGUGAUUGGUGGGUGGCCCCUUCUUCCCCCCAUCAAGCUGCCACAGCUGCCAGAAAAGACGCCUACUACUACCAGCAGAACAGGAGCAGAGCCCAGAGCAUCACCGGAAUUGCCUGCUAGUGUACUGGCACCUUGCCACCCUUUCCUGUCCCCUCACCCAGACAUGUGGUAGGCAUAGAAAAGGAUUCUUCACAGAGCACCCUGGCAGACUAUAUGAGAGAAAAAUUGAUAGUGUUUUUUUCAGCUCACUACAGCCUCUUCUCCACAUUGAUAUGUUCUCUCUACAGUAAGAGUUUCUAGAAAGAAAUAAUAUUUCUGUAUUGUCUGAGGAGUUGACUGUGAAGCUACACACAAUGAAAACCAUGUUCUUGCAGCAGCUCUGAUGGCAGUUGUCCUUGAGGAACCAUCAGUGUGUGGUGGGGAGCUCUCAGAGUGAUAAAUGUGGGUGUGUAAUCUUGUAACGCUUACCAGGCAGUGCUGGUUUCAUGUUAUUUUCCUUCUGAGAAAUUGGAAACCCUUUCUUUUGCUAUUAUAUUAAUAAAGCUGGCGUUUAUUUUCUGGCAGUCA